CAGACAGACAGACAGACAGACAGGUUUUAAUGAGUUAGUGACAGUCGGAGUGGAUGGCCAGAUGAGAGCUUUAACCCAACUUGUCUUCCCUUAAAGCUGACGGAGGUGUGUGUGUGUGAUGCCUGAAGGAUCCCUCUGCUCCUCCCAUGACGUCCCCAUGGAUGAAGAGUCUCCCCGCCUGUCCUCUGGCUCCGUCAGCAGCAAUGAGCGCGCUCCGUCGGCGACGCCGUCCGAUUCGUCCGACCAGCGCCCGCUGAGCCUGAUCUCCACGCUGUCCUCGGGCUCCGGGUCCUCCCGGGACGACCCCACUGCCCCCCCGCCGCCGCCGCCACAGUCCCAGGACACUGCGCUCAGCCUUGAGGGGGAGGAGCCUCCUGACAGGAAGGGGCGGGGCCUCGGCCUGGAGCUCAACAACAACAACAACACGGACGACUCAGAAAGCCCGGCAACGUGGGGAGAGAACAGAACAUGA